ACAGUGUCACUCAUGUCCUGAACAGGAAAUAAGUUGUUCAUAGUUAGAAUGCCUGCAGACAUCAGGAAAGUCCCUGUACAUCAGAGUUCAUUUAAAUGCAGAUGAAUGUCUUGUUCAUUUCAGAUGACUGAACGUCAGUCAGUCAGAAACAAUGCUGAGGCUUGUUCCAGGCAUGGAGGGAAAGAGCUGCACAGCGCGUCGCUCACAGAGCGGCUUAAAGGAGGAAGUUGUGGUUUGUAAUACUGCGAGAACGCAGCCCUCCUCUCCUCCCGCCGCUCACCUGAGAGGCGUUUUGUUCCCAGCAGUCCAUCAGAUGGCAUCGUGGAGCUGCGCUAUCAGAUGCAGCGCCGGGUAAUCCUCCAGCAGCAGCCCUCGCUGCCCUGUAACCCGAGGCGUGUGUGCGCCACCGCCAUGCCAACCGGCUUCAGCAACUUCAUCGACGCCAAGUGGAUUUUUGAACCUGCAGAGUCCGAGUGGAAGAGAUGACCAGGGGGAGCGCCGCCUCCUCUCAUCACCCUGAUUAUCAAUUCAGCGGUGCUGCAGAUAUGCCUUCUGUAAGAACGCAGCAGAAGGGAUGUGCUAUUUCCUGGAGGUUAUCACCUGGGAAGCCCUGAAGUGCAGUGCGCUCGCCUGAUUGGCCUCGCCCUCGCUGCUGGCUGCAGUCGCUUCAGGACGGGACCCGGCAGGCCGCCACUGUUCGUCUGGCUGGAAACGCUCCCAACAUGAGGUUCAUCAGGAUGAAAAUGCGGCGGCACAGGGUGUUCUUGCUGUGCACGGUGGGCCUGUGCGUCAUCUCCUUCCUCCACUACUACAAGGCCCUGCACUACGUGUCGCUGCUGCGCGAGCUCUCCGCGCCGUACCCCAACAUCAAGUCCUUCAUCAUGGUCACCGGCUUCUUCUGGCGGGAGAAGGACGCGUCGGCCACGGCGCUCAGCCCCGCCUCGCCCGAGGAGGCCCCUCCCCUCCCCGUCCUCCGCCAGCCGGACCCCAAGGCCAGGGGCGGCGCGGCAGGGGGCGGGGGAGGGGCGGCGGGGCCGGCGGUGGUCGGAGGCCCCGGGAUCCCGGGCCUCCCGGCGAUAGAGACGAGGCUGAGGGAGGAGCCGGCGCCGCCUCACCCCUGGGAGAAACCCGAGGAGAACAAACUGGGAGACGCUCAGAGCGAGAGGGGAGCUGAAGACCACUUGAAUCCACAAAGCGAGAACCACCCGGGCCAGCCCGCCGUGCCGGAGCUCCCUCAGGCGCCGCUGGUGGGGAAAGAGCACCGCGUGGUGUUCCUCAAGGACCCGCUGUCGGACCCUCUGGAGACCAUGGGAGACCUCCACACUCGCACUCACCAGCUACAAAAUGACAAAACGCCGUAUUUUGUCCGCACCAAAGCCGGAGCGCUUUGCUUCAAGCAGGGGACGGAGGUGGCCACCCAGAAGGAGUCCUCUGGGAAGGCGGGGGGAACCGUGGCCAACAGAGCGGGUGAGGGCGCCCGGGCCGGGGCUGCGGCGCAGCGGAAACUCCUGGAGCUCCAGCAGCUCCAGCAGCAGCAGCAGACCCCCAGCCCUCCCAAGGCCAAGGCCAGGUCCCGGGGCGGCGGCAAGCGCCUGGUCAAGUGUGUGUGCCGGCCCGGCUGGCACGGACCUUACUGUGGCGUUCCCACCAUGGUGUACCACUCCAACCUGCCCACCAAGGAGCGGCUGACGCCGAGGGAGACCCCGCGCAGGGUGAUCAACGCCAUCAACGUCAACCACGAGUUCGACCUGCUGCACGUCCGCUUCCACGAGCUGGCCCAGGCCGUGGACCUCUUCCUCAUAUGUGAAUCGAACUUCACUGCCUAUGGAGAGAGACGGCCUCUCAGUUUCCUGAGGCUCCUUCUCAACGGUACGUACGACUACAUCCGCCACAAGAUCCUCUACGUGUUCCUGGACCACUUCCCCGACGGGGGCCGGCAGGACGGCUGGAUCGCCGACGACUACCUGCGAACCUUCCUGACGCGCAACGGCAUGUCCCGGGUGGUCGGGGCGCGGCCGGACGACGUCUUCGUCAUCAACGACGCCGACGAGAUCCCCGCGCGCGAAGGCCUCCUCUUCCUCAAGCUGUUCGACGGCUGGACGGAACCUUUCGCCAUCCACAUGCGCAAGUCCCUGUACGGGUUUUUCUGGAAGCAGUUCGGUUCCCUGGAGGUGGUGUCCGGCUGCACGCUGGGGAUGCUCCGCGUCGUCUACGACGGCGACGGGAUCAAGCUGCGCCGGCGGGAGUACUACACCAUGCCCGGCUUCCGCAAGUACGAGAACGAGACGGGCCACAUCCUGGUGCAGUGGUCGGUGGGCAGCCCCUUCCACUUCGCCGGCUGGCACUGCUCCUGGUGCUUCACGCCCGAGGGGAUCUACUUCAAGCUGGUGUCGGCGCAGAACGGAGACUUUCCGCGGUGGGGCGACUACGAGGACAAACGCGACCUCAACUACAUCCGCGAUCUGAUCCGGACAGGGGGCUGGUUCGACGGCUCCCUGCAGGAGUAUCCCCCCGUGGACCCCAAAGAGCACAUGUACGCCCCAAAGUACAUGCUGGAGCACUAUGACAGGUACCGCUACCUCCUGGAGAACCCUUAUAGUAAAGCGUCCAGACUGAACGAGGGCUAGGAGUUCAACUGGGAAAGAAUGAGAAAAACAAAAAACAUGUGAAAUAAAUAACGGGGCCUCGCUGAGUCCACGGCACUGAGUUAGGAGGUCUGCAGCGGUACUGAUGAACUCUUAAUGGAACAAAACUAAAUGUAUCUCCACCAGGCAGCACUGAUGUUGCAGGGAUUUGAAAUCUCUUUAAAACAAGAAAAACAAAAAGAAAAAAUCAUUAUUUUGGGCUAAAAAAGGGAACACUGCGUCACAUUCACCGUGGAUCUGCAGAGCGAGCGUGGAGAGGAUUCAACCACUGGACGAACACCGUCACGGAUCUCCUCAUUCCUUCCUUUUCGAGGGAGAGGGCCAAGCUAUCUCUGUGUCCGUCACCCCGCCCCAUGUCCUCCCGUCCUUCACCCCCGAUUCGACUCGCCUGUUCUCUGAGAGAAAGGGGCAGCUUCGAAGCAAAGCCAGGGAUUCUUCAUGGGCGCGUGGAGCCUGUGGAGACGAGAAACUUUGAAGUGAAGGACUGUCUUUUGUCGGGUUUUUUUUGUUUUGUUUUUUUCUGUCGACUAAAAGUUUACAAACCGGCUGAUGUUUCCCGCUUCACCCCCCACCUUUCAGAUGUCUUCCUGUCAUGAUGGUGACCCUCACUUCCAGAACCAGACUCUGCUUCAGAAUGGUGUCGCGUCUCGGUAGAAAUCCGUCUUAAACCCCCCCAAAAUGUAAAGGAAAGACCAUAUAGAAGAAGUGUCGGCUCAUACGUACACUUGCAUUCAUCUGCAGGCAGGUCGGACCCAGCGGGGUGUUUGUGUAACACAAGCGGCUGUGCGCGGUCCGCCCGUGCGUCCUGCUGUGAGGCUUUGUGGGCACGAAAACCGACGGCGAGAUCGAGACAGAAGGCGAGACAGAAAGGAGCGUAAUGAGGUGGGAAGAGAGCGCUGAUGAGAAGGAAUCAGCUGACGCACGAGUGUCACAGGGAUGAGUGUGCAGAGUGUGUGUGUGUGUGUGAACGUGUGUUUCUCAGAGCCUACAUGCUGCUCUGAAUAAAUCACGCCCCGCUGACGGCAUCUGAGGUUUUAUUGGCGUUCUGCCUCCGUCCGAUCCUGGACGGCUCGGGCCCGGUGGCUGGAGAAAGACCGUCCUCUCAGUUCUUCCCUCUCGCCAUCGUCCAUCCGGCCGCUGAGGGACCGUGGUCGCCUCGGGGUAACAGAGUGUGAGGGUUCGCCAGUCGCAGAGCCGGAACUCUUCUUGUUUUCUCUCCGUCGGCUCUGAUUUUUCCCAGAUAUGUCUUCGUUUCCUUUUAUUCCACAUCAACAGUUUGCUCUUUGUGGGGUUUCUACAGACAUUCCAUCAUGUCAGAGCUGGUAAAAUCUUCCUCUAUCCUCACACACACACACACACACACACACACACACACACACACUGGCUCUCUCCCUCCGACGUGUAUCUAUUUUCUGUUAAUCCUCCCAAGAAUGCUCCCAUUUGAUCAGCCGGAGUCUGUUUCGAGCCUCAUUUCUUCCCUUCCUCCCGCCCGCCGCUCGUUACCUGUCGAUGCCUUCCCUUCGCCCGCGAAUCGCGGUCCUCUGAACAUUCAGGCAUGAGCGCCGCUGGCUCGCGUCUCGGUCUCCCGCCGCCAUGAACAGCUGUCGAUGUGGCCGGAUGCCCGGAUCCCCGCCCCGGCCCGCUCCGGCGGGAGUCGGCGUCGUUGCGGACAAUUUGGCGAGCGCGGCUGUACGCGUGUGUGUGUGCGCUAACCCGUGUGUGAUGCGUGUCUGAGGGCGGCGGGGAGCCUCGCCGCGUUCCCGUCAAGGGCAGGGAAAUCGUAGCGGCGGUGUUUACUGUGCCGCGGAGCGCUUCGCAAAGCGAUACACGGAGCAGACAAGGAAUGAUCAAAGAAGAGCAAAUGCAUUGAUUUUUCUUUUGACUGCAGAUUGACUGUAGCCGCCAUCUGCUUUCUCUACGCCUGCCUGGGCUUCACACGCGCUGUUUACCGCCGCUUCAGGCGCGAUGCGGUUUCAAGGUGAAGAACUUCUCCAGAGGAAUGAAAAGUUUCAGGGAAGAAAUGCUGUCGCUCGCCUCGGGAGGAGAAAGAUUAGGAAAACAAAUCAGAUCCUUCAGAUAGAAACAUUUUGAGGUGGUAGCUUUAAUUUCAUGAGACACUGGUGAUCAUUUCAGUACAAAAUACCUCAUAAAACCUUUUUUUUUUUUUUUUUCAUUUUCCACCUCAUUUAAAGUGUCCUUGAGUUAAAACUUCCUCCUCCUCAUUUGUUCUGUUCCUGUUGACUUUGUCUCCUAAAGGCCUCGUUAAUCAGACUCAUUUAUUUGUUAUUGUCACCGUGCAGCUCAGUGUUCAUGGUCACAGGAUUUUCCCUCUCACACUGCAGCGACAGGCAACUUCAGUUUGAUCCAAAAGAAAAAGACCAAAAGCUACAAAAAACAAACUGCAAGAGUUUUACUAAACGGCCGUUUUCCAGACACUUCAAACACUUGUUUCCUUACUAUUGCAACAUCCUCAGUAGAUAAGCCAGGGUCUCUCCUGAGAGAGACUAUCGCCUUGAUGAUUUGGGAAAGGAAGCAGACAAACACAACAAGUCCCUCAUGAAAUACCGGGCCGUCCUCCAUAGUCCCGAGAAAAAAAACCACCCUGUUGUACAAUGAGUGUAGAUUUGGAAGGUACUGAUGGCGGCUGUAGUUUUACUUUUGGUACAUCUGCGUCAUUUUACAGUAAGACACAAACCUUGAAAAACUCAAGCAUUGUGAACAUCGACCAAAACGAGCCAAUGAGGUGUGGCCUGUUUGUUGAUAAUCCUUUAACGUAGAAGCUCUCCGCUCUGCCCGUCGAGUCGUUCUUCCCCUCAGCUCUGCUCCCGGUGGCGGUCAGCUCACGGAGUCGAGAAUGAGAUGAGCCAGCAGGCCGCUGACAGUUGUGCCGGUCCGUCCCGCUGCACUCGGCGGCAGCUGUUCGGGGUUUGAGGUCGCUGUCUGAGAGCCAGAAUCCCGCCCGAAGCCGAGAGGGGCGGCGGAGAAAUGAGCUCUAAAUAGGACUCGACGUGAGACAACAAAGGAGAGAGCAGCCAGGCUUUAUGAGGCGGUUUUCAAACACGUCUAAAGCAGAUUUUGCGUCUUCUGAACAGGUAAAUGGGGUGGUUGGGGGUUACUCCACAUGUCCUGUCGCCUCUUUUAUCACUGUGGAAACAACACUGACCGCAAACCUGAAGCUCCUGCAUAUUGUCAUAAAUCUGGAAAAACAAGGCGACAUGGCUGCUCAGGAACAUGUAGGCUUUAAGAGGCAGGAACCGCCCCGUUUAGACUGCAGGGAAGACCCGGAGCUGGCCGGAUGGUUUUUCUCAAAGGUCACUCCUGAUCUGCAGUCAGCCUUUGUGACAUUAGAUUGGUAUUCCAACCCAACGUGUGUUUGAUUUUUGUACUAUUCCAAACAGUUCAAGCCAACAGAACAACAUUUUUUGAGGUUUAGGAACCCAGACUGGUUGAUUGAGAUGUUAUGAAUGCAAACUUCUGAAAGACUGACCCAGCCAAAUGGGUUUUGACCCUAGACUUAACCCAAGCAUUCUGUUUGUCACAGUUCAUACACAGAUAUCGGUUUGGUCUUUUAUGCUUUGAAAAAAUUCUGCAUUUAGCGUCUCCACAGACAGUUCUCCUCCCAGAGUAGUUUGUAGCUUGUGACCUGAGUCAAACAUGUAAAAUAUCUCAUACCUCAUUCAUUUUAUUUGCAAAUGUCAGAGAAAAUCCACCCAGACACGCCUGCUCAGGGCAGGGCUGAAACAACGCGAAGAAGAAACUCUGACCGACUCGUCACAGUAUCCAGACCAGCAGGACAGGAUUUACUCGUUUCAUUCAUUUUAUUUAUUUAACUUGGGUGGGCUCAAGAAUUAAACAUGAGGCUAGUGAAUAGCAACAUGAAAAACAAGAGUUAUUUAUUAUCAUUUUUAAUAGGGACCAACCAGAAAGACGUUUCAUCAAUAAUCCCAGUGCCAGUCAUGCAGAGGUGAUAAUCUGGACCGUAGUGCUUUGAUUUUUCACUUCUUGGAGGCGCCGUUGUCCCUGUGAUAAACGGAAAAGCGUCCUAAUGAAUGGAGCAGCUUCUCACCCCCCAGCGCCCGAAAAGAAAAUCUAUGGAGCGGCGACAGUUUGAGUGAAGCUGAGCUGUAACGCUGACAGAACGGAGUGCGUCUGCCGAUAGCCUGCGCUGCUCAAGGACACUUCAGAUUGUGAGCGUUCAGCAGAUGCUCUUACGAGUCCGCGGUUCUAAUCCUUGGUCUGCAGUGUUUCUCGACUCGUCUUAAAAUGUCUCCCUGCAACGACACGCGGUUCCUCCGAGUGUCGAGCUUCUGCAGACGCAGAAAUCUGAAUCAUGGAAGCAAAACUCAAUAAAUAAAUAAAUAAAUAAUCCCGGCUGAGGAUGAGGUUGAAUCUGCAUUAGUGCCCUUUGCAGAUCUGAAGGAGUUGAUGCUGUGAGAGCGAGAAAAGGAGGCUUCCUCUGCUGAGUUUAACGACGCUCCCAUAUCCUCCAUCUUAGCGCCGCUUUAUCUCGGAACGGCCGCGAAUCUUCCGUCCACACAGGCGAGAUUUGACCGGACCCUUCGGUCUGAAGCCGCUGAGCUUUCUGUAAAUACUGCAGGAGCCGUCAGCAUGGCGGGGGAAUGAUUUGCAGCACAGAGGAGCGGCACGCGGGGGGAGAGGAGACAGAACAAAGCAAAGAAAAUCCAAGUCCGACUGUGAGAUUUAAGGCAGCGGCUUCAAAUAGGCUGAGAAAACCUUUAAAGUCUAACUUGUUCAUAUUUGAAAAUCCAAUCUGAAUCCGACAGAGAGCCAAAAGUAAAAAAAUAAAUAAAUACUUCAAACGUCCAAACGAAUCACACAAUGUGGCUUCGUUCAUUUGUCUUUCCAGACGGGGUACAGUUUGUCGAUACAGCUGAAAAAUGGGAGAACUGAACGUUUCCUAACCGUUACAGAGACCCGAACCAAAGCAGCGCUCCUCUCGCGCCUGACCCGAUGGAGACGAGGCAGCUGUAGCCCUGAAACCCCUGAAACUAACCCGGUACAACCGACCCCGACCCCGACCCCAGAUCUCCCAGAUUACCAGGCGGAUGCAGGCCGGUCGAGGACGGAUGAGGCUGUUCUUGGGUCGCUGGCAUCAGUCAUGCAGACCGCCCGAGACGAUGGAGUAAACUCGGUUUUGCCCACAUGCUAGUUAGUUACCACUUUAUUGAUUACAGUUUUCAGCAUUUUGUGUCGAACGUUUUUUUUUUUCUGUUCUGCCAAAGAUGCGAGUUUUGACUUUUUAAUUCGAUCCGGCUUCUUGGGCAACCCUCCAACAAAUAAUGUGCAAUAAACACAGCUGCUUGCUGGAGUUGAUUGGAACAGAGGGAAUAAAUUAAGUGUGAAAUGCAGAGCUGUAAAGCAGACAGAGCGAUGCCGCUGCAGACAGGUUUGGAGAUGUGUUGCUAGGAAACAGCUCAGUGCAGGCUUUUUUUUCCCCCCUUUCUUUAUGUCUUUUUCUUUUUUUGCUGCUGUUUUCAGUUUCUGAUAACAGGAAAUAACCCAUUUGGAAGGUGUGUGUGUGUGGAAGUGGAGUGGUCCUAGCUGAAGAUAUCACUGGAUGUUUUCUGAAGAGACGUUUGCAUCGUUCUGCCUGCAUCAGGUCACGAUCAGGCCUGGGUCCACAGCUGGGCUCCAGCCAGCCACUCCCUCCAGUUUAGCCACAUUUUAUGGCCAAAUUAUCAGUAUCUGGCUUUGCUUUAUUUCUGAAGGCUUAAACUCCCACUCAUUUUUUUUUUAAAUAUUCCACUCCUACAAAGUCAGGAAUGUACAAUAAUCUACUCUGGGUGUCAAACAUGGAACCGGCCCACAAGAGGCUCCGGUCCAGCCCGUCAAACCACCAAGCAAAUGGUGAAAACUUCGAAAGAAAACAAUGAUUUUUUUUGAGUUUCUGAAAACAUGCUUAAUGCAACAGCUAUAGGAGAUGUGUUUUGGACAUUUUACUAUAUUUUGCACCAGCAGGUUUCAUUAAAAUGGGCUUAAUGUCCAGAUUGUAGUUAUCUUCAGUAGCAAACAGUGUAAAAUCCAGACAUCUUCAUUUCACACGAGAUAAUAUCUGGAAAAAGAGCCUCUUGGAGAAAGUCUUCACCUGCGUUGUUUACAUGAGGCCAGUCCUCCCGGCAGGCGGAUCUGAUCAGCCGUCGCUCUUCCUCCGUCCUCGCAUCGACGCAGUUCAGGCGCGUCUGUUUCUGCAGGGUCGGGUUUCCCAGCCACCAGCAGAACCGCUGCUGGUGCUCACAUGCCUUCACGGCCCUGGACCCCCUCCAGCCCCGUGGCUUCCACCAACUGAUCUUUUCCAAGAAACCUCAGCAGCGAGCGGGCCGGAAAUCAAAGAGCGGAGGGCGUUGGGGGGGGGGGGGGGUUGUUACGAGCGGAGCUGCUGCAGCAGUUUGCUCUUUCUGCCUCGAUGGUUCCUGUGCGGCUCUGAGAAGUGUGGGAACUUCAGACGUGUGGAGGACGUUUAGGUGUGGAGAAGGUUUCUCAGCGAACAAAAGGAAGCGGAGCGUUUCUCUCAGCAGCGCCACAAACAUGUCAUUAUGCAAGCAAAUGAAUGAAUGAAUUCACAUUCCACAGACGGCGCAGCCACGUUUCCUCCGACAGCUGCGCCGAUGUGUCACUGCUGAUUGGAACGAACUCAGUUUCAGACCGAGAGUGACGCACCCAAACAAGGGAGAGUCUCCAGAAUGGUUUUUAAGCCUAAUUGGUGCUUCAGGCUUGGAUUUGGUCAGAACAAACUGGUCUGUAUUGCUCACUGAUUGCCUCUAAGGAGUCGGCAGACAAGAUCAUCAAACAGAACAAACAAGUAGCAUCUUUUUUUUUUUUUACUCUACUAUCUAAAUUUGUCAUUUCUGCUCAGUAUCAAUGAACUUGAACGAACUUUCUACCAGAAAUCGUGGUGAAGACUGAUGGGUUGAGUUACUCAGCGGAAGAGAGACGCUGACCUUAAAAACACGUUGCAGUCAAUCCAACAAAAACUGUACUUUUCACUUCGUCUGCACAACAAAUUGAUGCCACGAUCUCAAAAUGGAAAGUAUUGAAGGCUGCCGCUGAAUGAAAACCAGAUCAGCUAAAACUGCAGCUCCCCUCUGAGUCGCUGAAGCCUUCAUUUAUUUACCGCCCGCCUUGUUAAUAACUCCGUCUUUACCUCUUUGUAAAAGGAGUCUGAUGAAAGUGCCAGUAAAAUACUUCACUCGGUGAAGCGGCGUCGCCUGAGCAGCAAAACGCAUUAAGCUGGGCAGCGUUUAGGAGCAGCUCCCGACGUGAAAACGUGGAGACAACAGCGACGGCGAGUGGGCGACAAACACCGACGUGUCUGGAAUAGCGAGGAGAGGCGUGUGUCAGUCCGUCUCUGGGAGUCGGGACUCGGAACACUCGGAGCGCGUUCCAGGGACAGAUUGUUGGCUUCGGGGGGGCGCGGGCCGAGUCUGGUCCCCGAGUCCAUAUGCUGGGAGGCGUCAGAUCAAAGAGAGGAGAGUCGGUGUGGCGCCGCCGAGGCAGAUGGACGCGGUGACACGCGGCGUUCGCCGGCAGACGGGCCGACACCUGGCUGCUGAUCCGACGCCAUCGGGAACCGGGACGAGAGGGGCGGGCGUCGGUGCGAGACAGACGACGUGACGGGUCCACGCUGUAAACAAGCGCUCCUGUCGCGGCGCCGGUUUGAGUGGAUCGCUGCGGGUUCGGUUCGUGUCGGGAUUCAGGACGGACGGAGCAGCCAGUGGUUCGGGGCGGUGGUGACCGAGAGGCCAGAGGAUGGACGGGAGACCGGGGGUUUGCAGGUUCGAUUCAUGAGAUUAAUAAAGUCUGAUUAGUUUAAACCAGGAGUUUAAGAUCUCUCGAACUGGCUGCAGUUUGAGUCAACAACAUCCCGAUUUCAUGGCUUCAAAUCAAAUGUUGAUUCUUGGAGCUCCACCAGCUCAACUUGAAUCUGAAUCCCAAACGAAACGGGCUGGUUCUUCCUCCCAGCCCUCGGCCGUCUCACUUCCUGUCUUUACCACCCCUGCCUUCCCGCUUCAGAGCCCGUCUUGUCCCGAUUGGCCGGCGUCCAGACGCUCUCUGUUUCAGCAGUGCCCAGCCUGCCAACGGGCAGCAUCAAGUUCUUGUAAUUUGACACCAGCCCCAUUGUUUUGUCAGGCACCGCUGCGUCUGGAGGAGACGGGCAUAUGGAGCAAAUCUGUGCCGGAAUCCCGGCCCAAACCGAAGGUCUGAUACCUGAGAGUCCACCUUCAGAGCGAGUCGGCCGUUCCUCAGUCUGAUGCUGUUUUAAUGGGAACAGAAAACAUUUUGACUUAGACUUGAUCUCCGGACUUUGUUCUGGCUGCAGACGUUCUGCCCACAGAUCCCAGGCAGAUGUUUCAGAGUCGAUGACUUCCCGCCCACGUUCACUUCCCAACACGUGUGGCUUGUUUGUCACAUGGUGGCCCGGGUUCCCCUUCCCCCGAAAUCAGAACCAGAGAGGCAGACGGAGCGAGAGAGGCCGCGACCCCACCCCCACCUCCACACACCCUCCACCUUUCAUCGUCUCGGUUUGUUUUGGUUCGCGCUUUUUUUUUUUCUCUCUCUAUGUAAAAUCAAUCGACGAGUCUUUUCCUUCUCGAAAAGGUUUAAUAUUGUUUUCGGUGGACGUUUAAAAAAAAAACAGGGAAAAGCAACGCAUCUGUUUUUCUAUUUAACUUUAUUUUUGUACUUCUUUUUGGAAACUUCAUCCACUUGGCAGCUUGAUAUUUAAUGUCUUUUUAAGGCAUCUGUGUGUGUGUGUGUGAGUGUGUGUGUGUAAGCUCAAAGCACUGUCUCAGCCUACUGCUAGGAAACACUCCCACUUCACCUCACAGACGUGUUUUAACCUCCUCUGAAGGGACUCGGUUCUCCGUCGUAUCUCUGGGACUGUUUCCUCGCCGUCUUUCCUCCUGACCGUGUCGUAACCACUUGAUUUGAUUCUGUUUUUGCCUUCUUUUUUUUUUAUGUUUUUUAAUCAUACAGAGGUUGUUUACACAUAACGGGCACACACACACACACAGACACACACAUGCUCACAAUCAGAACUGUGAAGUGAUCUCUGACUGCAGCUCCGUCCCCUGCUGGUCAAACAGUCCGACCACUGUAGGCGCCGUUAUGUGAUCGCUAUGAAGGCUCACCAUUGUGUGAACAAAAAACUUUUUUUUUUUCUUUCUGUCGUCGCUCAGCCGCUCAGAACCGGCUGUGGCCGGAGUCCUGACCCCGGAGCGACCCAGGAAGCAGAAGAAAAGGACAAAAACAGCUUUGAUUUUCAUCUUUUCUUAAUUUCCGGUUUGUACUGUUUUUUUAUUUGACUUCAUUUAUCACUGGUUUUCUUUUUUUUUGUUGUCGAAGCUGACAAAUCAGUCAAAAAAUCAUUUGGAUGAUAAAAUGUCUUGUUUUUUUUUGUUUGCUUUUUUUGUUGCAUGCUGAAAUGCUGACAGGACUUCUGCCUGUUAAACUAUGAAUUGCACCUUAUUUGCGAGAUGUGGUUUUGUUUUAUUCAUAUGCAUACUGUAACUGUCAGCCAGUCAGUCAGUGUAUGCAUCUUAAAACAGGGUUUUGAUUUGUUUUACAUUGAAAGAAUUGCCUGAUUUUAUAUAACUGACUGAGUCACUGUUUGUCGGAGGCUGGCUUCACGAAGCAGCAUCAGAAACCGAGCCGGAGAGCAUAACGCAGACAGAUCCAUAGGAAAUGUCAGUUUCCUGUGAUCAGGCUUUAUAAAUUGUUUGCAUUUGAGGAAGUCCAGACUGAGCGCCAGAGGAAAAACAACAAUACUGUCUCUUUCAGCACAGUCGUCUUUUUUUUCCUUCUCAUUGAAAAAAUUCUGACUUUUCCUUUGGUUCCAAUUGGAUCCAAUCCACCUCUAUAGCAUAUCAUAUACAUCAAAAAAGAGGUGCUUUUCACUCUCCUAUUAGCACUUUUUUGAAAAAUUAUAUUGAAAAUUAAAAAAAAAAAAAAAAAAAAAAAAAAAACCUGUAAAAAGACCUCAAGACAGUUGCUAGCUGUUUAGAUCACCAUCUGGAGUAGAAGCUGCUGUUUCUGCUGUUUCUGCUGUUUCUGCUCGUCCGGCUCUUCGCUGCUGCUCAGUAAAGCGUCGUCUGCAUAUCGUUGAACUCUCACACCGGCCAGUGUCCCUUCUCCCUGCCGUCCAGCUUGUCCUCGGAAAAGGUCAAAAUAACCCAAAAAAAAAUCAGCACCGUAUUGUUCACACACACACACACACCGGCAGUCGGCCUCGGGCAGAUGAGGGGAAGUCGGCGUGGCGCCGCCGCCACUCGGCCUCACGUCCCCGGGGCCGAGCCGGUCUGCAGCCAAUUAACCAGCAGGGCCGUUUGCCAGGUCCAGAUCCUCUAAUCCGCCACACGCUCCCUGCUGCUCGGCCCGCAAUUAGCCCUCCGUUCAUCACACACACACACACACACACACACACACAGAAGGAAAAUCUAUAUUUUACAUGAUGAGGAGGAUGAUUAAAAGUAUGUUUUUUAAAUUUGUUUGGUAGCACUUUUUCACGAGAUUCUUUUUGUUUGAUUUUUAACACGAUGGCUGCAUAUGAGCGAACCCCGCUUCCUGUUGUGAUCCCACAAACACGACCCGGACUCCCUCCGUCCCCGUGCACUGAUGAUGAUUGUAAAUGCUCGCAUAGUUUUAUUUUUUAUAUCAUUGUUGGGGGGGGUUGGUUUUUAUCUGAGUUUAUUUCUUUCGUUUUGAUUAUUUUGAACGGGUUGUCGGGGCUACGUGUGUGUGUGAGUGAGUGUGUGUGUGAGAAGAGGUUUUGUCUGUGUUGCUCAGUGGCUCCAUGUCCGGCCCCCAUCAGCCUUUGGCCUGUGUUUCCUGAUUGUGCCGGUGCGUUCAGGUGUUCCCUUUGCCUCAACAUCCACUCAUCCAAAUGGAGAGAGAUAGAGGGAGAUGAAGAGGAGGAGGAGGAGGAGGAGGAGGAGGCUGAGGGCCUUUUCCCUCACAGGGACAAAAAAAUACAAAAGUGACAAGAUACUUUUUUGGGUGGAAAAAAAGUGAUAUUUUUCUCCUCUGCGCCGUCACAAAAAAGUGUAAAUUUCUAAGUUAAUUGAAAAUGAUGAAUUUCAAAAAAAAAAAAAAAAAAAGCUCAUUUGUUCUCUAUAUGAAUGGCUGUAUGUUAACCAUGAACAAAAAGUACUGAG